AAGGCAUUGUAGUAAAUACGUUUGCAUUUUUGAUGAAAUCCGGUUGAGCUUUGCGACUUUUGGCGGGUUAAAUUUUCUAUCGUUCUUUUACGCGUUAUAUUAAGGAUAUAACAAAAUAUACCAAUGGGGGAUAAAGACGGUGAAACUUUUGAUGAUGCCGUGGAAGAAAGAGUUAUCAACGAAGAAUAUAAAAUAUGGAAGAAAAACACUCCUUUCUUAUAUGAUCUUGUGAUGACCCAUGCUUUGGAAUGGCCAUCUUUGACUGCUCAAUGGUUACCCGAUGUAACCAGACCAGAAGGAAAAGAUUAUUCUGUACAUCGACUUAUUUUAGGUACUCAUACUUCAGACGAACAAAAUCAUCUGCUUAUCGCUAGUGUUCAGUUGCCAAACGAAGAUGCUCAGUUUGAUGCGUCUCACUAUGACAAUGAAAAAGGCGAAUUCGGAGGUUUUGGUUCUGUUAGCGGAAAGAUAGAAAUUGAAAUAAAAAUAAAUCACGAGGGUGAAGUAAACAGAGCAAGAUAUAUGCCUCAAAAUCCAUGCGUAAUUGCAACUAAAACACCAUCUAGCGAUGUUCUCGUAUUCGAUUAUACGAAGCAUCCGAGUAAACCUGAUCCGAAUGGCGAAUGUCAGCCUGAUUUAAGGUUAAGAGGACAUCAAAAAGAAGGUUACGGUCUAUCGUGGAAUCCAAAUCUUAACGGUUAUUUGCUCAGUGCAUCCGACGAUCAUACUAUUUGUCUGUGGGAUAUUAAUGCGCCGCCCAAAGAAAAUCGUGUGAUAGACGCGAAAACAAUCUUUACAGGGCAUACUGCUGUCGUCGAAGACGUAGCUUGGCACCUGUUGCACGAAUCUUUAUUUGGAUCUGUUGCAGAUGAUCAAAAAUUAAUGAUUUGGGACACGAGAUGCAACAACACGAGCAAACCCAGCCAUACGGUGGACGCUCACACUGCCGAGGUGAAUUGCUUGAGUUUUAAUCCGUAUUCGGAAUUCAUUCUUGCAACCGGCAGUGCUGACAAAACAGUGGCGCUCUGGGAUUUGAGGAAUCUAAAGUUGAAGUUACAUUCCUUUGAAUCUCACAAAGACGAGAUCUUUCAAGUCCAGUGGUCGCCGCAUAACGAGACAAUAUUGGCUAGUAGCGGUACAGAUAGGCGUUUGCACGUAUGGGAUCUUAGUAAAAUUGGCGAGGAGCAGUCUAGCGAAGAUGCCGAAGACGGUCCCCCCGAGUUAUUGUUUAUACAUGGUGGUCAUACCGCGAAAAUUAGUGACUUUUCGUGGAAUCCAAACGAACCUUGGGUCAUAUGUUCGGUAUCGGAAGAUAAUAUAAUGCAGGUCUGGCAAAUGGCUGAGAACAUUUACAACGACGAAGAACCAGACACGCCGGCAAGCGAACUAGAAGCUGGCGCAUCAUAAAGCGUAAGAAAUAAUCGAUUAAAUUAUUUGAUAAUGAAAUUUUCUAACGAUAUACGCGCACAUUCGUACACUCACAUGUGUACGUUCGUGCGAAACCAAUGAUUCAAAUUAAUAUUGGAUAAACGUUUCAAGCGAAUUUGUAUGUUAAAACGAAAAUGAUGAUCGAGAAGCAAUAAUAUACCUAUUUUUAUUACUACAAAUCUUAAGAUUCGCUUACAUACUGGCGUAUCUUUGUUGCAUUAUGUAUGUAUAAUUUUUUUGAUUAGUUGAAGGAGCAUUCGAUUAUUUCAGUUCGACGUUUGUCAGAAAUAAUUGCUGGUGCUUAUGUUUCUUCGAUCGGAUCGAUUACAUAAAAAAUAGGUGUUACGCGUAAAAUCUGUUUCUUUUAUUGUGGAUUCAUAUAUAAAGUUAUAUUAAUAAUGGCAUGCUCAUUAUAAAACAAGUUUGGGAUUGUUUACGAAAAAAAGCAUUUCUUUUGAAUACAACUUACUUAGUUUGCUCCUUUCUGUUUUGGGGGAGGGGAAGUUGAAAAGAAAAAUCUUGUAAAUCAUCAUCGUAUGAUGGAUUUAUUUUAUUUAGAGUUAAUUGAAUGUUUGAUCGUCCAAAUAUUAAACCAAAAUAUUACUUUUCUAUUCAGACGACGAGAAUCGAGCAUUGUUCUAUUAUUACUUUACUUUACUUACGCACAAUCAGACGAAUCACAUCCGCUUGCAUGUUUCGUAUUAACCGAUGAAAUUCUAUGGUGUACGCUCGUGUGCAAGCUAGGCUUUCGUCGUUUAAGAGAACGUGUAGUAUAGUGGAAGGAACAUUUCGUCGUUCGUUUCAGUCUCAGAAGUUGACGCGUGACGGCAGAUGGCUAACUCUGCUAUAAAAUAGAAACUGUACUUCUUAACUGAGAAAAGCUAAUGGUGCAGUCAAAUGUACAUAAUCAGAGUUCUUUUCUAUCCUUUUAUAUCGCUUCCAUUGAAUUAUUUCCAAGUUGAUAAGUAACGAAAUGAAAAUUCGACGGGAAAAGAAAAGAAAAGAAAAGAA